AUGUCGUGGCUGUAUGUCGCACCUGACUCCCAAUUCUCUUUAGCAAACGUCCCCUUUGGUAUAAUUUCAGACAACGAAAACUCGACUCCCCGUCCUGCCAUUACCAUUGGAGAAUUCGUUCUUGAUCUUGCCGGUUUCAGUUCUGGUGGUGGCUUUGAUCAACUGCCAACUUUUUCUCGAUCUAAUCUUGGUGUUUUCAAGGAACCCACCUUGAACUCCUUUGCUGCCCUGGGAAGACCUGCUCACCGGUCGGCCGCACUCCUCCCCGUUGCGAAUGUCAUCAAUCACUUGCCUCUAAAGAUAGGGGACUACACGGAUUUCUACGCUGGACGAAAUCAUGCGUACAAUAUGGGAGCGCUUUUCCGCGGACCGGACAACGCGUUGGAUGUAGAGCGGAGGCUAGUUUUUCAAUGGCAUGACCCAUGA